CUGACUUUUUUCUCCAAACAUUUAUUGAACGCCUACUAUUUUCUGAGAGCUAGGGAUUCAAAGAAGAGUAAGAAAUGAUUUACUUGAGCACCUAACCUUGAGGAGUGAGGGUGAUAUUCUUUGCCGCGGGCAGUCUGAUGAUGUGAGUUUUGUUUUCUAGUCUGUUUGCCAAAGUGGCCAUUACUGUCUGCAGAAGUAGUCGAACUCCCCUCAAUGCAAGCCAGGCGGUCUGUAUCCAGCGAUCCUAAAGGGGUUUGGGUUUUACAGUUCCUCCGCUCGGACUCGCAGAGCGCAGAGACUUUACCAGAGAGAAGGCGUAAAUCUUUAUAAAGCCAGCCUCCGAUUGGUGCUGCAGGAAAACGGCGCGUUUGGAAGCGUGUUCAAAUCGCGCGCCCUGGCUGUGGCUUUCCCGGGCUCAGGCUUAAGAAUCGCGGGUACGUGUGUGCCCUGCUAUCCGGUCGAUGAGCCAGGGCUCCCUGCCUUCUGGCAACAGGGAAGGUGUGAGCUCCACGAGAAUCCCAGGUUAAUCCCAGUCAAUCGCAGGCCACUCUGCUGAGCAUCUUCUCCCAGGAGUACCAGAAACAUAUUAAGAGAACACAUGCCAAACAUCAUACUUCAGAAGCAAUUGAAAGUUAUUACCAGAGGUAUCUGAAUGGAGUGGGGAAAAACGGAGCUGCCCCAGUGCUCCUGGAGCUAGCCAAUGAGGUGGACUACGCACCCUCAUUAAUGGCUCGGAUCAUACUAGAAAGGUUUCUACAGGAGCACAAGGAAACUCCACCCUCCAAGUCUGUUAUAAAUAGUAUGCUACGGGACCCUUCUCAGAUUCCAGAUGGAGUUCUAGCAAAUCAGGUCUAUCAGUGCAUCGUGAACGACUGCUGUUAUGGACCACUGGUGGACUGCAUCAAACACGCCAUUGGUUAUGAGCAUGAAGUCCUGCUAAGAGAUUUGCUUCUGGAGAAAAACCUGUCCUUCCUUGAUGAAGAUCAGCUCCGUGCAAAGGGUUAUGACAAAACUCCAGACUUUAUUUUACAAGUACCCGUUGCUGUAGAAGGGCACAUAAUUCACUGGAUUGAAAGCAAAGCUUCAUUUGGUGAUGAAUGUAGCCACCACGCCUACCUGCAUGACCAGUUCUGGAGCUACUGGAAUAGGUUUGGACCGGGUUUAGUCAUCUACUGGUAUGGAUUUAUCCAGGAGCUGGACUGUAACCGGGAGAGAGGCAUCUUGCUCCAAGCCUGUUUUCCCACCGACAUCGUCACCUUAUGCCAUAACGUAGCUUGACCCCAAUGAUCCUGGAAGAGAAGCCGGGAGGAAAAGGUGAAUCCGGAAGCAAUUUUACUUUCCUGCCACGUAAACUCCUGGCAACAUCUGCCCUGAACUUCAGCUGAACUCUCACUGCCCAUGGUCACACCACUACCUCUUUAGACAAACAUAUCAAGAGUUUCUGUUUUCCUUCAUCCGUUGCUGAUGUGAACAGCCAAGUACUACAGACACAACCCACUCAUUAUCAGCAUUUCUGUCUCUGUCAAACAGUUAGUUUAUAGAUAGUCAUAAUCUUUCUUCCUUCCGGAUGGUUUCUCCUUAUAUACUGAACAAAAGGAAAAAUGUGGAGACUGAAAGGUGUGAUUUUUCAAUUCUCCUCCCACUUACCGAAUCACCCUCUGAUUUUUUUUUUUUCCAAGCCUUUAUUCACUCUCUCUCCCUUCCCAUUUCUCUUCGUGUGUACUCAUGGAUACCGAGGGUUGCUUUACUGUUCUGGAAUAAUCUAGCAUAGUCCUAGCAAAGCCAAAAUCUUGAAGGCUACAACUCGAUUUUCACUCUCACCUGCAAGGGCAGACCUCGCUGGGAACCCAUGCUUGUUUUGUCCAGUCUUUAUGGUUUCCUGACUUGGAUGGCAUUAAGCCAAGCUGCAAAAAUAUACUCGAGAAUUUCCUCUUUAUAAUACACAUUCGAACACCAAACAUGUUCCAUUUAUCUCAUAGAAAAGCAUCAAUUACGUUGUGUCUGGAAACCACACUCCUUCUCUGGACUGAGGGCCGAGGGGAGAGGGUGGAAAGUCGGUGCCAGCACUGACAAGAGUUUAUUUUUAAACACGGCUAGCAUCGGUAUGUAUGGUCGUCGGUAUUUUUAUGAGUAUAAUUUUUCAAAAGCGCAUUUUGUACCCUGCUUUGUAUCUGCAUUUUAUACCACAUAAUUAUACAACACUCAAAUAAUUUAGGCAUUAGGAAUGUUCCUGCUUUGAGUGAAUUAAGUGUACCAAAAAUAAACCUGGAGCUAUUUUCAAGUAAGCAAAAUAAAGGAAGUUUCGGAUUGUUCA